GCGGGCGGCGCCGAGGGGCGCGGCGUCAAGUGCGUACUGGUCGGCGACGGCGCGGUGGGCAAGACCAGCCUGGUGGUCAGCUAUACCACCAACGGCUACCCCACCGAGUACAUCCCCACGGCCUUCGACAACUUCUCGGCUGUGGUGUCAGUAGAUGGGCGGCCUGUGAGACUCCAGCUCUGUGACACGGCAGGACAGGACGAAUUUGACAAGCUGAGGCCCCUCUGCUACACCAACGCAGACAUCUUCCUGCUGUGCUUCAGCGUGGUGAGCCCCACCUCCUUCCAAAAUGUCAGUGAGAAGUGGGUACCGGAGAUUCGGUGUCACUGCCCGAAGGCCCCCAUCAUCCUGGUUGGGACCCAGUCGGACCUUCGAGAAGAUGUCAAAGUGCUCAUUGAGCUGGACAAAUGCAAGGAGAAGCCAGUCCCCGAGGAGGCGGCGAAGCUGUGCGCAGAGGAAAUCAAAGCUGUCUCCUAUAUCGAAUGCUCAGCUUUGACUCAGAAAAACCUCAAAGAGGUGUUUGACGCCGCCAUUGUUGCUGGUAUCCAGCACUCAGACUCCCAGCAACAGCCCAAGAAGUCUAAAAGCAGGACCCCAGAUAAGGUGCGGGACCUGUCCAAGUCCUGGUGGAGAAAGUACUGCUGCCUGGCCUGACCCUCGCAAGCAGCUGGUGUUUAAGCUGCAAGGAACUCUUUGUGUCACGUGGGUGUGGUCAUAGGACAAGCCCUCAAAAGCGUGCCCCUUUGUCCUUAAUUUCCUGUCCGAGAGACUGGAGUUGAGAUCCAUAUGCAAACUAUGUUAGAGAAAUUUGGAAGUUAAGUUGUUUUGUUUUUGUUUUUCGUAACUCUGGAAACUUAGAGCUGUAGACCUCUGGAUUAAUUUAUAUUCAUAUGAAAAGGGCUCUUCCAAGCUAGGUUACAUGAAGUUCUGCUGCAUUGCACAGGACAAAGGAGACCGCGCCCUUCUCCUGACCAAGGGCUGCUGAGUGCUCAGUGAAUGACGAGCACACCAGACUUGGUGAGAAUCAGUCCCGGCUCCGAAACCACACAAACCAUACCUGUUUUUGUAAGCGCAUAAAUCUGAAGAAAAGAUCUGCUCCUGACCAGAAGACCUCACACCCGUCCCUUUGUCAUUCAGUCACACUGGCUUGCUUAAGAUUCUAAACCAAAACAUCCCGCUGACUCCUGACUUUGUGCUGUCUGAAGAGAACACUUGCUUGUAAGGCUUUCUGGUUUGUUUUGAAUCACGUGACCAGUUGUGUUGCUAUGAAAAUGGUGGGCAUGGCUCUUGGAAGGCAAGUGCUGGGUGCAGAGCUGGCAUUAUUUUCAGGGGGCAACUGACUCAUGUUGAGAUCAGAGAGUGCUCUUUGCUUUCAGGAGUGGCUUGUGCACUGGGCCAUCUGUGUCCUGGUGAGGAAAGCAAGAGGAGGUUCUUGUCUAGGGACUUAAAGCCGCCAAGCUCACAGUAUCCCAUUUGCAAAAAGGGGGUCCCUUCCUCGAGAGACGCCAUAGUCGAUUGUGGGACACACACACACACACACACACACACACACACACACACCUUAAGUGUGCUGAAAUGUCCAUCUGGGUACACACUCAUAUGUUUGUGUGCAUGCACACAUGAGUGUGCUCACACACACACAGGUGGCUGGUUUGCUAAUGAAAUUUUGAGACACACAAAAGUGUGGUUGUAGGUGUCAGGGUGGCAUGCCUUCCUCUUGACAUUUUUUUGAACAGACAUCAUUUUGUAGAAUGUUAUCUUCAUUUACACAUUUUUGAAACUAUCUUAAAAUGUGGGAUGAGCAUACUUUUGAUGUUCAGAAGAUCAUGCUUGUGGCGCUUGUCCUUUAAGGGGAGGGUCUUAGAGCUGACUGUCCCGAGACUGCCCUGUGUUAGGAGAGCUCUUUCAGUGUUGUAGGUACUUCCAAGAUGUAGGGGCCAGACAGUGAAUCCCAGCUUCUCAUUUGCUCUGGGCAAGGUACCUCUUUGUGGCCACCUGGUAACAAAAUUUUCUGUCUGUGAAAAAAUUUUUUAUAUUGAAAAAAGUCAACCUUAUGAUUGAAAAAAAAGUAAAAAGAUCAGGUCAUAUUUCAGGUCAAUGACUUCUUCCUGCUGGCGAAUAGGACCCAGGACUUUCUUUAUUAAAGUGAAAAGGUUAAUUGCUGAACCACUGGGAAAGAUGAACUGUUUGUGACUGAGCCUCCAGCACAGUGCCAGUGACAUCAGCCACGCUUUCCUGAUGCAUCUCACUGUGGCCUGAGCGGUAGCAUUGCUUCACUUACGGAAAUGCUUAUAACUGGCCUUGUGACUGAGUUUACUGCCCUACUGUGCUUGACUGCCUGGAAAGCCCGCCUCCAAGAGGAGGCUCCGUCUAUCCUGUGUACAGAAGGUGGGUGGGGAGGAGUGAGUUAUUUAAUUUUAAAUGUUAUAAUAAAAGCCAAUGUAGUGGAGACCAAGGACAUGAACAUUUAGAACACAGACUUGAAGUAUGGUGCCAGGGCCGUGGGGCCUCGUACCCGGCCUCUGGGUCACUGGGAAGUGGCAUGAAGGAUGCUGUGUGACCAAGUUCUGGACACUUCCUUCUGGAAUGGAUAUUUCUGGGCUGUUAUGCCACAAAUCUUCUGGGUUGACACUGGCCUGCAAGUUUUCAAUAUAUUACUGCAGCCUAUGGAGUAAUAAGGUCUGAAUGUACUUGAGGUUUUCCUGCAUUUUUACUUUUCGAAUAUAGAGAUUUGGGCUGAGAAAUUUUUAAAAGUCUGUGCCUGAAUGAAAUGUAAAGUUGGUUCUCUUUGUGACUGAAAAGUGGCAGAACAUACAGGCUGGCGUCUCGGGAGGGCUCUGUGAGCCGUGUGCGUAGCCAUGUCUCUUCAGACUCUCAGUGUAGGCCAAGUCACCUGGAAUACACACCGUAGCAGGCCACCAAGCUGUCACCUCAUCGUGUGUGCAAACAAACUUUUGAUACCUUUAUUUUCUGCUCACCAGACAUGUGAGCAGCUCCCCAGAAGUCUCAAGCCGAGAGGGGAGCCUCACCACUCUGCAGGUGCCUUACCAACUUGUGCUUUUCUGUCUUCACGUGUCAAAGAUGUUGGACAGAAUCUUGUACUUGAAAAUGCUAUAAAUGAGUCACUAUGAAAUAAACUCUGACCUGUGGA